CGCGGCGUGUGCGCGAGCGAGCGCGCGCCCCGCCGCAGCUCAGAGCAACGGGCUCCCCGGGCCCGGGUCUCGCGCGGGAAGCGCCCCUGGCGGCGGUCGGCGUUGGCCCCAUGUCAGGGCCUCCGGCUUUCUAGGUCAAGCACCGGGCCGGGCAUCUGCUCGUGCCACGUCUGUAUAGCCACGUUCCGGCCACCUGCCGCCUCUCCCGUGCCGACGCCUGAUCCGGGCCGUUUGCCGGCUUGGCUCUUAGUGAAACAAAGUUUGGGGCUUCCCCCUGCUCUGUGUCUUAGCAGCUGCACCCAUAAGAAACAGGAGAGGGUUUCUGUUUUGCAUUCUUGUUUCCUAAUUCCGGUGCUUCAGGGCAUUGACGUCCAGACAGCAGAAUGGAGACCAAAUGGUGCAGCUCAUCUCUAUGGUGCUCAAAGUCAGCCUUGUACACCUUCCUGCUAGGAGGAGCAUUUGUUACCUUGGGCUCAAGUCGUAUUCUCCUGAUGAAGUAUUCCGCCAACGAAGAUAAUAAAUACGAUUACCUUCCGGCAACUGUGAAUGUGUGCUCUGAACUAGUUAAAUUGGUGCUAUGUAUGACAAUGGCACUCUGGAUAACAACAAAAGAGGGACGUUCAUAUAGUGACUUUGGAUGCACCUCCUGGAGGGAGUUUUGUAACUACAUGAAGUGGUCAAUUCCGGCCUUCCUGUACUUUUUGGAUAACCUGAUUGUUUUCUAUGUAUUGUCCAACCUCCAACCAGCCAUGGCUGUAUUGUUCUCAAAUUUUAUCAUUAUAACAACAGCGCUCCUAUUCAGGAUAGUGCUAAAACGGCAGCUCUCCUGGGUGCAAUGGGCAUCUCUACUGAUUUUGUUCCUAUCCAUCAUAGCCCUGACUGCAGGGACCGGAAGCAAUCAGCACAGCUUGGUCACACACGGAUUUCAUCAUGACAUGUUUUUCAGCUCAUCUAAUCACUGCCUUCAGUACACCAGGCCAGAGGAAGAGUGCUCGGGAGGAGACAACUGUACGGUAACCGGGUUCUUUUCCAGCUUCAGGUGGAAUGUCACUGCUACCACUGCAGGAGCACUGAAACCUCUCCGCCUCGGCUUGGGCCAUCUGCUGAUAAUAGUGCAGUGUUUCAUCUCUGCUUUGGCCAACAUCUAUAAUGAAAAGAUCCUGAAGGAAGGGGACCAGCUCAAUGAAAGUAUCUUCGUGCAGAAUAGCAAGCUGUACGUCUUCGGGGUGCUGUUCAAUGGGCUGGUGCUGGGCUUGCGCUCUGAGAACCAUUGGCAGAUAGAGUACUGUGGCUUCUUUCAUGGUCACAAUGUGUUCUCUGUAGCUCUCAUUUUUGUCACUGCCUUCCUGGGGCUGUCUGUGGCCUUCAUCCUGAAGUUCCGAGACAACAUGUUCCACGUCCUGACUGCGCAGAUCACCACUGUGAUCAUCACCAUUGUGUCCAUUGUCAUCUUUGACUUUAAGCCUUCUCUGGACUUCUUCUUGGAAGCACCUGUGGUGCUUCUGUCCAUAUUUAUCUACAAUGCCAGCAAACAUCAAGGCCUGGAAUAUGCCACUCAGCAGGAGAGGAACAAACUCCUUGGUGAGAUCUGGGAGCGAUCCAGCGGGGAUGGAGAGGAACUUGAGAGACUGACGAAAGCAAACAGUGACAUUGAUACAGAUGAAGAUGCCUUCUAGCAUGAGCUUGUGCAACUGAGUGCUGGGUAUUCUCCAAGAGAACAGUGUUGGUAUCAUUUUAAAAUAUGGGAUAGUCUCUUUUUUCUGAGUGCAACAGUUAAAACUGUUUGGAUGGCUUUGUGAUUCCAGAGGAUUUGUAUUGUGUUUUUAAGUUGUGCAAAUAAAACACAGCUCCAAGAUCAGAAUAGGGUAUGUCCAGGUUUGGGGCUGGGAUGUCAGAUGAGAAAAAAAAAUGAGUAAAGCCCAUUGGAUUUCAGAAGUUGACAAGGAAAACUAGAGAAUUAUCAGUUUGAGCCUUAUAUAUUAAGGAUCUUUUUCUCUUCUCAUACUAGUGUAAAUCAGCAGUUAAUUCCAGUGCAGUCAAUGAUAAACUGAUAAUAAAAGUAAUAUUAGAGGAAGGUUUUGUCCUAGCUUAAUGAUCUGGGUCAUAUGGGUGCUGUAUUACGUAUAGUAAUCCAGAACACUUGAUGUCCUCAAUUGUACAUGUUUGUCUACCAUACGCUAGGGUUGUAUGGGGAUAAUAAUAUUUCUCACUGGUGAAGGGCCUGAUCCUGUAAACCUCAAAUCGAUGAUCCUGACUCAGUAGAGAAUAGUCCCAUUGAAUGGGCCCCUAACAUUUGUAAAGUGCUUUAAAGAUAUGAAGUGUUAUAUAAGUGCUAGGUAUUCUUAUUUCCAGGGAUACAUGUUCAUUGGUAUAUGCACCCUUCUGCAGUUUGAUUGAGGGAUGAUUCCACAGCUGUUGAAUGAAUUUCCUCAUUUCUGCAGUGAUUUGCUGGUGCUGCUGCUCCUGUGUGUCCUGUGGAACAUUACACCCAGUUAUAAAUACGUUCUGUUUUUUGGCAACGUGAUUAGUGUUGCACAGUGGCAGAGAAGCUUUCCUGAUAUUCAGAAAUACAAGCUUUUAAAUAAGCAGAGGAUUCAUAUACUUUCCUUUGGUGAAGUAAUUUCAUUCGUACUCUACCUGGAAUUGCAGUUUGCCCAUCACAAGACACCAGGGAUUUUCAUUCCAGUUCACUAUAAAAGUAAGUUUCAGAGUAGCAGCCAUGUUAGUCUGUAUCCGCAAAAAGAAAAGGAGUACUUGUGGCACCUUAGAGAUUAACAAAUUUAUUUAAGCAUAAGCUUUCAUGAGCUACAGCUCACUGCAUCGGAUGCAUCCCAUGAAGUGAGCUGUAGCUCACGAAAGGUUAUGCUCAGAUAAAUUUGUUAGUCUCUAAGGUGCCACAAGUAUUCCUUUUCUUUUUACUAUAAAAGUAGUUACAGUGAAUUUGGACAUAAAGUAAGUGCAUUUCACCAUAUCUGUAAAUAUAGAGUUUUAAAUUUAAAAAGAUAAACUUGGCCCCAAAUUUAGAAUUUUUGUAAAAACAAGCUUUAAAAAAUCAAAACCCUAAGAAAUAUUUCCAUAGUCUUUAAAAAAAAAAAAAAAAAAUCAGAUGAAUAGGUUCUGUUUAGACCAACAUUUUUCUGCAUUGUUUGCAGCCCACAUGCUAUAAAACUGCGCUAGUGUGUGGGAUGGUCUAGAUAAUACUUAGUCAUGCCUCAGUGUAGGGGCUGGACCAGGUGAUCUAUUGAAGUUCCGUACAUUUCAAUGAUUCUAUGACCCUGAGAGUGAAAUUGACUAGAAACCGUAGGGUAAUCGAAAGCCUACUAUCAUUGUCCAAGCUGAGAGAAAUGGUGAAAAGUCUGUUCAGUUUGGAAAAUGUUUUAUUCCAUGCAGCAUGAUCUGGCAGACUCAGCAACUCCUGAGUCUAAUCCCUUUUCUUCCACUUCCUCAGCUAGUCACCUUGCCUCAGCCAUUUCAGCUUCCUCCCUGAGUUUCCCCAUUUGUAAUAGAGAUAAUACUGUUACCUACCUCAUAGAUGUGUUCUGAGGAUUAAUUAUCGAAUGUUUGUGCAGCCCUUUGAACAGUAAAAAACUAUACAGACGCUUCAAUGUGUUUCAGUAAUCUAAGCUAUUACUAAGAAGAUAAGAACACUUGUGUUUUGUUUUUUAAAUAUAAGGCUAGAUUCACUCCUAUGUUUCAGCUGCUUUUUGACACUGGCCAUAAAAAGCACCUGUAAACCCAGCUUAAUCAGAGAGCCCCUUUGAAUUUGGCUCACCAUUUUUAACCUGACAGUAUCCUUUCAAACAUACCAUUUGCGUUAGGGAUGUGUUCCCUAUUACAGGUGCAGCUCUUGAAUGUGAAUAAAGAAUAUGUGGCUUGACCAUGGUCCAGAUUCUGACUUUACCCCAGUUUUAUGCCUAUGUAACUAUUGGCUUCAGUGGAGUUUCUCCUUAUGUAUGCUGGUGUAACUGAGAGCAGAAUAAGGCUUGUUGAUUUCAGCAACUCACGAUUAUAUUGCAUUUUGUGUGAGACUGCUGUUUUCAUAUGUACUGGUGCCUAUGGUAUAUGACUGCUUUGUAAAUAGGUGUUGUUUUAUAUGUAAUUUAUUAUGUCUAAUUUGUAAAACAAGCCUGAAUAAACUAAAGUUCAUUAUGAAA